AUGGAAAAGUUUACCAAUUGGAGGGAUAAAGGAACUGGAAUUGCUCCCUUUUUACCAACACCACCGCCUUUGUCGCAAGAGAAAGGCUUCGAAGCUUUUGGAAACAAUGUCAGAUUGAUUAUCAAGCUUGUAUGUACGAUCCCAAUCGUGCUGCUGGCUUUGAUCACGCCUGCUUCAAUAUCAAAACCACUAUGGAGAAUUAUCAUGCAAAUAGUUUGUGGGUGGAAUGUACAGGUUGCAAUUCAGGGCGUCAAGAGGCGGGAUCAGCAGGACAAAUUGCCCUGUGCGGACGAGAUCUAUGUCGUAAACUACAGUAGUCCUUUAGAUUGUCUAGCACUAUGGUUUUUGGCAAGGGGCUCAGUUUCAUUUUGCAUCCCGAUAGUACGCGAAAAGGCCGUCCACAUAGUUCAACUGAGCUUCUGGCAAUUUAUCACCUUCACCCUGAACAAUGGCCAAGUGAAUAACAACGGUACUCUUUUGCCAGAAGUGACCGACCCUGCCAAGCACUUAAAAGGUCGCGUAUGCUACGUGUUUGCUGAAGGCACCACAUCCAAUGGGAAAAGUAUUCUGCCGUUUGCAUUGACCCAGCUGGCGUGGGACGAAUUUAUAAACAGACGGUACACAUCUUCGGUUGGAGUUUCGAGCUCUUCGAGCACAGGGUUCAAGUGUCAAGGAGCCAAUAGUGCUAGAGUCCAGACUAUCCAUUUGAAAAUUAAUGGUUCUCUGACUACGCCACUAAAAGUAGGGUUUUGGAGAUAUCUUGUCAGGGCCUCUACCCAAGGGGUCACCUACAAGUGUAAGAUAAGCGAGCCGGUUGGGCCUGACCUGGCCCAAAUCCGCACCUCACUCGCUGGUGGCGACAAAUUUAAACUAGUCGGCAGAGAUUUGAACCUUGAGUCCAAACGGAAGUUCGUACAAGAGUUUGGUGACCGCAGGAAUUGA